CUCCUGCCACUGCUACUAUUGCUAGUGUCAGUAGCUAAAUCUCUCGUGAUCAUUUCAAAGCAAUGGAUCGGAAAUGGGCAAUUACAUUUGCAUUUAUAAGCGUCAUUGUGGCCGGUGUCGGUGGCCAGUCUCCAGCCGCCGCGCCGACAAAAACUCCAGUAUCCGCUGCCCCACCGACAACAGCUCCUGUUACGGCCCCCGUAACAGCUCCUACAAAAGCUCCGGCGAAGCCGAAAUCACCAGCUCCCGUCACAGCUCCUGCAAAAGCUCCGGCGAAGCCCCAAUCACCAGCUCCCAUCACAGCUCCUGCAACCGCUCCAGCUAAAGAGACUGUUCCUGCUCCUGUAGAAGCACCGACAUUAACUCCUCCCGCGGCUGCUCCCGUGAGUUCGCCACCAGCUCCAGUUCCAGUGGCUUCACCUACUAUUCCCGUAGAGGUACCAGCACCGGCUCCUAGCAAGAAAAAGAAACCGAAGAAGCACAUUGCUCCUGCUCCUGGGCUGGCUUUGUCGAGCCCACCAGCGCCACCUAUUGAGGCCCCGGGACCUAGCUCGGAUGCACCUUCUUCUGGCCUAUCAGGGGCUGCCGAUGAGAGUGGAUCAGAGACGAUCAAGGGCGUGCAGAAAUUGUUGGCCAUUGGAUUGGCUGUGAUGGGUUUAAUGUUCUAGAGGGAAUGGAGAAAUGAUUCUCAUUGUCACUUUUGUUGAGAUUAAAUUGGCAUUUGUUUGAUGGAUGGUUCUGUUGUGUGAGCUGGUGCCUACCCUGCUUGCUUGUUUGUAUUUAUUCUUUUGGGGAAGGUCGAGAGGAUAGGGGAUUGGAGAGAGUCUUUGUAAUUUCAAAUUCACUAUUUUUGCUUAUUAAUUUAUUUAUUUCGUCUUUCUUUCCA